AUGAAUCGUUCCACACACGGCAGCAUCAAGUCAUCAUCAUCCUCUGCGUCCAACAACAACACCACAAUGAUGACCACAAUGCGUCUCAGCAAAUCCUUUCAAAGUAAAAUGGACAAAAUGUCCGAACGUCUGUAUGACGUUGUCAAGAGUGGCUUCAUGAUUAAACGGGCCCAGAACAAGAAACGUUUUACACCGGUCAACUAUAAACAGCGCUGGUUCGAAUUGACCAAACGGACACUCUCCUAUUUUGAUGUGGAAAAUGUUGAGCGUCGUCGUGAACGUGGCCGCAUACCGGUUAAGGGUGUUCGUCUCGUCGAAGUAGCCACAGUUAAUGGUGAAGGUGGAGAUCCUUUUGCACCGGAUGGUUAUCCUUUCCAAGUAGGCUAUUGUGAAUCAACAGAUGAUCAAUCACAGCGUACCGUUCCUCAGUAUACCCUGUAUUUGGUAGCCAACAGUGAAAAGGAACGACACGAUUGGAUACGUGCCAUACGACAAGUUUGUGAGGACACCAACACACCCAAAUCAUAUCGUUUUCAUCCUGGUCUCUGGUCGGGCAAACGAUGGUCCUGCUGUAAGGGCAUUAGUCGAGCAACAUUUGGCUGUCAGGCGGCAACACAUUGGCGCGAAACCAACAAUAAUCCAA